AUGUCCGAUAUAGAAUAUCUUCCAGAGGAUGACCGCUCUAUGGAGCUGUCUUCCAUUACAGCUAUCUUCCCGGAGAUCGCCGUUGACCCGUCUGUGCCAUUCCGUGCCACUCUCGAUCUGCCCGUCAAACCGGCGACCCCUCUUCGGGUGUGCUUCCAUCAACAACAAGAAGCCGAAUUUCCAAACGGUCCUGACGCCGCCGACAUCUCUCGACACAAAGACAUACAUGUCUUGUCACACCUCCCGCCUCUACGGCUCGAAAUCGACCUUCCCGAUGGCUACCCCGCCGAUCGCUCCCCGGUCAUAAAGCUCAGCACAGACCCGCCAUGGCUUCCCGCGCCGAUCCUCUCUCGACUCGUAGAUGAUGGAAAGCGCCUCUGGGAGGAAUGUGGCCGAAGUCUUGUGAUCUACUCGUACAUCGACCACCUGCAGCAGUUGGCUGACACCGCUUUCGAGAUCGACGACAUCGCAGACGACGGCGUACAACUUCCCAGAUCCCUAAAGGUCGCCAUGCUCGACUUCAAUAACAAGGCUGAGCGCGAGAAAUUUGAACAAGAAACCUUCGAAUGCGGCGUCUGUCUUGAGCCGAAGAAAGGCGCCAAUUGCCACCGUCUCCUGCUCUGCUCGCAUGUUUUCUGCGUCCCAUGUCUCCAGGACUUCUACAACAACUGCAUCACAGAAGGUGAUGUCGAAAGCGUGCGGUGCUUGGCUCCAGACUGCGCGAAGGAACAGGACGCCAGAGCGAAUGCGGACGCCACCACGCCCAGAAAGAAGCCCAAGAAGGUCGACCGCACUCUGAGCCCCAGUGAACUUCUCCAGAUCCCGCUCGAGCAGGAAACCGUCCAGCGAUAUGUCUUCCUGAAACGAAAGAAGAAACUCGAGGCCGACAAGUCAACCAUCUACUGUCCGCGAAAAUGGUGCCAGGGCGCCGCUCGCUCCAAGAAACACCCCAAACCCACGGACCCGAUGAAUGACGACCUCGACGCCUCUGACUCUGAGGAGGAAGGCUGGGUGUUCGACCCGCUCGGUGACGAGGGCCAGCUCCCACCCAUGGCAGACCGCGUCGCCAUCUGUGAGGACUGCAACUACGCCUUCUGCUGCGUGUGCAAGAAGGGUUGGCAUGGCGAGCUCGUACGUUGCUUCCCCCGCCGCGAGGCAGAGCUGUCGGCAGAGGAAAAGGCUACCGAGGAGUAUCUUCGACUGUACACCUCUCCAUGUCCGACAUGCAACGCCCCCUGCCAGAAACGUAUGGGCUGCAACCAUAUGAAGUGCUUCAAAUGCGACACGCAUUUUUGCUACCUGUGUUCCAGCUGGCUGUGCGAGGACAAUCCCUAUCGCCACUUCAACGAUAUCAGCAGCUCUUGCUUCAAUCGAUUGUGGGACAUGGAAGGCGGCGACGGCAUCAACCCCGACGGCGCAGAGGCCCUCCAUCAGAUCCCCGACGAGCUGCUGUUCGAUGAGAGCAGUGAUGACGAGGACCAGCCCGCGUGGGACUUUGAUGAUGACAUCGACGACCUCCCCGCGCAACCAGCACGACGACCGCCCCCGCCGGCACCAGCUCCCCCAAGAGUCCGCGAGGGCGGUGGCAAUCCUGGCAACCGUGCGGGGCGAGGAGUCAAUGCGAAUGGUCUCGAUGCGGCAGGCCGUGCUGCGGAGGCCGAACGUCAGGCCCAGGCGCGCGCGAUAGCUGAAGUACGCGGUCGUCCGAUGCCAGGACGGGCAGGUCAACCUGUCAACGGCAACGGACCGAUCCAUCGUCCGGGACUUCAAAGAUUCUUGGAUUUGGUCAUGAAUGACCGGGAAGAUGAAUGGGAUAGUGACGAACUCGAUGAUGAUUUCUAA